AUGGCGCCCCAUUCCUCCCAAUCCUCCGCACCUUCUCCGUCCUUGAAACGAAAGCAAGCGACCAUCUCGAGCUUUUUCACGCAAAAGCCGUCCUCGACUCCGAAGCCUGUCACGAGAAGCACCGAGUCUAUCGCAGAAAAGACAUCAAAGAAGAGAGCCGCCUCGCCUGCAGAACCAACUCCCGAGCGGAAACGAGCUGCCUCUAUACAAGACCAUGACGAGGAUGAGGAUGAUAUUGUGGUACCGCCUUCAAAACGAGCUAGAACAGAUGGCUCCGUCAUAGAAAAGGCCAAGACAGCUCCAGCUCAAGCCCAGGCAGAAGUCCCCCUCAACACGGCCUCUCAACUUAGUAGCAGCCAGCGUACCGACAUCUUCAAGUUCCAGAGCUCGCCCGCCACUGCGCUGAGCAAAGAAACUGAGGACCCAGAGGAGGUCGAGCGAAGGAAAGAAAAAGAGAAACUACACCAGAAGUUUGUGCGGAAGCUCGGCGGGCCUGAUUGUCUGAUUGGGAUUGGAAGGGCUGCGGCCAGCGAUCUCGGUGGCGCUGCGGGCGAGGCCGAAGGAGAGGAAGAAGAAGACGAUGAGCCCGCACCACCGCCACCUACAAAGGGCAAAGGUGCUGCGAAGAAGGGUGGUAGCAAGCUUACGCCUAUGGAGAAGCAAGUCAUUGAGAUUAAGCGCAACCAUAUGGACACCGUACUGGUUAUCGAGGUUGGAUAUAAGUUCCGGUUCUUUGGCGAGGAUGCGCGCAUUGCGGCGAAGGAGCUUGGGAUUGUGUGUAUCCCGGGAAAAUUCCGAUUUGAUGAGCAUCCUUCCGAGGCACACCUCGACCGCUUUGCAUCCGCCAGUAUCCCCGUACACCGGCUCCAUGUACAUGUGAAACGCCUGAUUACGGCGGGCCACAAGGUUGGCGUUGUGCGGCAGAUUGAAACGGCAGCGCUCAAGGCUGCGGGCGAUAAUCGCAAUGCACCCUUUGUCCGCAAGUUGACCAACUUGUAUACCAAGGGAACCUACAUUGACGACGUCGAGGGCCUUGAAGGUCCGGCUGCCGCGGCCGGUGGCGCGUCACCAGCAACUGGGUACAUGCUCUGCAUCACUGAGACGAAUGCCAAGGGCUGGGGCAAUGAUGAGCGGGUGCAUGUCGGUGUCGUUGCCGUUCAACCUGCCACGGGUGACGUGAUCUAUGAUGACUUUGAAGAUGGGUUCAUGCGCAGCGAGAUCGAAACUCGGCUGUUGCACAUUGCGCCUUGUGAGAUUUUGAUUGUGGGGGAGAUGUCAAAAGCGAGCGAGAAGCUCGUACGGCACUUGUCCGGGAGCAAAAUGAAUGUCUUUGGAGAUGCGGUGCGCCUUGAGCGGGCUCCGAAGAAGAAGACUGCAGCUGCCGAGGCGCAUAGUCAUGUUUCCGGCUUCUAUGCUGGGAAGAUGAAAGCUACCGGCACCGAAGAGGAUGUGCAGGCAGUCAAACUGCUUCAGAAUGUGCUUGAAUUGCCGGAGCAUGUCACCGUCUGUCUUUCUGCUAUGAUUGAACAUAUGACCGAGUACGGACUCGAACAUGUCUUUGAUCUGACAAAGUACUUCCAGCCGUUCUCGGCUCGGUCACAUAUGCUCUUGAAUGGAAACACUUUGGUCAGUCUGGAGAUCUAUCAAAACCAGACUGAUCACUCAGCCAAGGGUAGUCUGUUUUGGACGUUGGAUAGGACACAAACGCGAUUUGGACAGCGGUUGCUCCGGCGCUGGGUUGGAAGACCGUUGCUUGAUAAAGUACGACUUGAAGAGCGAACUGAUGCGAUCGAGGAGCUCACCAAUCCUGUUCGCACUGUGAUCGUGGAGCGAGUGAAAAGACUACUGAGUAAGAUCAAGAGUGACUUGGAAAAGAGCUUGAUUCGUAUCUACUACGGCAAGUGUACUCGCCCAGAGCUUCUCACCGUUCUACAAACCAUGCAGACAAUUGCAAUGGAAUUCGCCGAUGUCAAUUCCCCAGCCGACACAGGGUUUGAAUCCUCGCUGAUUAGCGAAGCGAUUGCCUCCCUUCCAACAAUCUUGUCAGAUAUCACCCGCUUCUUGGACAAGAUUAACCUCCACGCCGCCCGGAACGAUGACAAGUACUCAUUCUUCCGCGAAGAGGAGGAGACGGAGGAGAUUGGCGAAGAAAAGCUCGGAAUCGCUAGUAUCGAACACGAGCUGCAAGAGCAUCUCUCCGUGGCGAGUGAGCGUCUGCAAAGGAAGGGAGUCAAGUAUGCGACAGUGUCCGGUAUCGAAUACCUUAUCGAGAUCGAGAACAACUCUUUAGCCAUCAAAAAGGUUCCAGCGUCUUGGAUUAAGGUCAGCGGAACGAAAAAGGUUUCAAGAUUUCACACGCCAGAAGUGAUCCAGCUUAUCCGUCAACGUGAUCAGCACAAGGAAGCCCUGGCUGCAGCGUGCGACAAGGCUUUCGCGGCUCUCCUCGGCGAUAUCGCGACCCAGUACCAAUCCUUCCGUGACUGUGUCCAGUCCCUCGCAACGCUGGACUGUCUCCUCUCCCUUGCUGUCAUUGCCCAACAACCUGGCUAUGUCAAGCCAGAAUUUACCGAACGACCAUGUCUCCACGUUGAACAGGGCCGGCACCCGAUGGUGGAACGCAUCCUCACAGACACUUACGUCCCCAACGACACCAACCUCGACCCGGACGGCACACGAGCACUCCUCGUCACCGGUCCCAACAUGGGCGGAAAAUCCAGCUACGUGCGCCAGGUCGCUCUCAUCGCAAUCAUGGGCCAAAUAGGCUCCUACGUACCCGCAGCCUCCGCCAAGCUAGGCCUCCUCGACGCAGUUUUCACCCGUAUGGGCGCCUUUGACAACAUGCUCGCCGGCGAAUCAACCUUCAUGGUCGAACUCUCGGAAACAGCCGAUAUCCUCAAGCAAGCCACGCCACGCUCCUUGGUUAUCCUCGACGAGCUAGGCCGGGGUACCUCGACACACGACGGCGUCGCCAUUGCCCAGGCCGUACUGGACUAUAUGGUUCGAAACAUCCGCUCACUGACACUCUUCAUCACGCACUACCAACACCUCUCGCGGAUGGUGCGCUCAUUCCCGAAUAAAGAGCUGCGCAAUGUGCACAUGCGAUUCACAGAGUCUGGCGGCAAGAAUGGAGACGAAGAAAUCACAUUCUUGUAUGAAGUUGCCGAAGGUGUAGCCCAUCGGAGUUAUGGGCUGAACGUGGCACGGUUGGCGAAUUUGCCGACGUCCGUGUUGGAGGUGGCGAAGACUAAGAGUGCGGAGUUGGAGGAGUCGAUUAAGAGGAAGAGGGUGGCUGCACUUGCUGGAGCUGUUGGUCGAGUUGUGGAGGUGAAGGGUGGAGGUGAUGGUGCUUCUGCAGAGGAUGAACUGGUUGAGCGGCUGCUUGCUAGUGCUGAUCAGUUGUAG